CGCCGUCUGGGGAGUACGAGCCCGCGGGUGGCGCACAGCGCAUGGUGGCGGCUCCUCUCGGAGCGCAGCCGACCCGCUGAUCCGGGCCCCGUUUUCCCUGCCCGGCGUGUCCCGGAGACCGGCUGGAGGCCGAAACAGCAGCAGCAUUAGCAGCAGCAGCGGCCGCGGCUGCUCCGCCGCCGCCGUCUCCGUGGGAGCAUGGAGUGCGCCCUGGACGCCCAGAGCCUGAUCAGCAUCUCCCUGCGCAAGAUCCACAGCUCCCGGACCCAGCGCGGCGGCAUCAAGCUGCACAAGAACCUCCUGGUGUCCUACGUGCUCCGCAACGCGCGCCAGCUCUACCUGAGCGAGCGCUACGCCGAGCUCUACCGGCGCCAGCAGCAGCAGCAGCAGCAACAGCAGCAGCCGCCUCACCACCAACACCAGCACCUCGCGUACGCGGCACCCGGCAUGCCGGCCAGCGCGACCGACUUCGGCCCGCUCCAACUUGGCGGUGGCGGGGACGCGGAGGCGCGCGAGCCGGUCGCCCGGCACCAGCUGCACCAGCUCCACCAGCUCCACCAGCUGCACCUCCAGCAGCAGCUGCACCAGCACCAGCACCCGGCGCCCAGGGGCUGCGCAGCGGCGGCGGCCGGGGCGCCCGCGGGCGGCGCGGGGGCGCUCUCGGAGCUGCCCGGGUGCGCCGCGCUCCAGCCGCUGCACGGCGCGCCCCACCGCGGGCAGCCCUUGGAGCCGCUGCAACCGGGUCCUGCGCCGCUGCCGCCGCCCGCGCCCUCUGCUCUCUGCCCGCGGGACCCUCGCACCUCUGCCGCCUGCUCCGUGCCCUCUGCGCCCCCAGGGGCCGCCCCUCAGGCCGCUGCCGCCCCCUCCCCGCCCGCCUCCCCAGCCCCCGCCUCCUCCCCCGGCUUCUACCGGGGCGCAUACCCGGCCCCCUCGGACUUCGGUGUGCACUGCAGCAGCCAGACCACUGUGCUGGACCUGGACACUCACGUGGUGACCACGGUGGAAAACGGCUACUUGCACCAGGACUGCUGCGCCUCCGCCCACUGCCCCUGCUGUGGCCAGGGCGCCCCGGGACCCGGCCUGGCAUCCGCCGCCGGCUGCAAGCGCAAGUAUUACCCUGGCCAGGAGGAGGACGACGACGACGAAGAGGACGCGGGCGACCUGGGGGCCGAGCCCCCCGGGGGCGCCCCGUUCACCCCCUGCAAGCGCGCCCGCUUCGAGGACUUCUGCCCGGACUCGUCCCCGGACGCGUCCAACAUCUCAAACUUGAUCUCCAUCUUUGGCUCGGGCUUCACGGGGCUGGUGAGCCGACAGCCGGACUCCUCCGAGCAGCCGCCGCCGCUCAACGGGCAGCUGUGCGCCAAGCAGGCGCUCGCCAGCCUCGGCGCCUGGACUCGAGCCAUUGUCGCCUUCUAGGGACCCCCGAGGGCACGGGGACCCUGGGCCCCGCGGGGCUGGGGCCAGACAAAGACUCGACCAAGUGGGCGAGAGGAGGAAACGAACGGGCGCCCAGCCACUUGGGGCUGAGCUGGAGGCGAGCAAAGGGAGACGGCUGAUGUUUUAUAAAUUGUAAAAUAAAAAAAAAAGAAAUCUAA